GCCCCGAGCAAUCCGCGCCUUGGGGUAAUAUACUGUUGCAUGUCCCCACGCAAGCCUGCUGCUUGCUCGAGGGCUUGAACUUUCGAAAAUGUCUACUCUCCGUCGCCGCUUUGCUAACAUCAUUCGCGAGUCACCUACGCCCUCCCCCGAGCCUAGUCGCGAUGGUACGCCAGACCCCAACGAAGAGCUAAAGUUGGUCUCGAGUAAGAAGCUGGAAAAGCUCAAAAAAAGGAGACACAGCAAGAGGAGGUCUGGCAUCACGUUUGGGCUGGGUGGUCUGCUAGGCCUACUGUUAGCUCUACUGUUUGCUCAGUCGCAGGAUGUUAUCAAACUGGAAGGAUUGCUAGAGGUCAAUUUGGACAGCCUGAUGGAUGUGAUUCCUGUAGGCAUAGUAAACGAUGUGAAGGAUCUCUCAAGAGCAGAACGAGAUGUCGUCAACUAUGACUCGUUCUCUGUCGGUCUCCAUUUACUCUCUCAGGGGGUCAAAGCCCACCAUCCUGUCAUCAUGGUACCGGGAGUGAUUUCCACGGGACUGGAAUCUUGGUCGACAGGUGAAAAGUCCAGGCAGUACUUUCGCAAGCGGCUGUGGGGAUCAUGGUCAAUGAUGAGAGCACUGGUCAUGGACCAAGCGGCUUGGAAGCGACACAUCAUGCUCGACAAAGACACAGGACUUGACCCUCCAGAUAUCAAGCUGCGGGCAGCGCAGGGGUUCGAUGCCACCGAUUUCUUCAUUACCGGGUACUGGAUUUGGAACAAAAUCCUGGAAAAUCUCGCCACCAUAGGAUACGAUCCGACGAAUGCUUUCACGGCCUCUUAUGAUUGGCGUCUGUCCUAUGCCAAUCUGGAACACAGGGAUCAAUACUUUACGCGGCUGAAGAACUAUAUCGAGGUGGCGCAAAUGACAACUGGAAAGAAGGUUGUCCUUGUCUCACAUUCUAUGGGGAGCCAAGUUCUCUUCUACUUUAUGAAGUGGGUAGAACACAAGGACCAUGGAAAAGGAGGCCCUCACUGGGUGAACAACCAUAUCGACUCAUGGAUCAACAUCUCAGGCUGCAUGCUCGGAACAGCCAAGGACAUCCCGGCAUUGCUCUCUGGUGAGAUGAAGGACACCGCCCAACUCAAUGCCUUUGCAGUCUACGGUCUGGAGAAGUUCUUAUCCAAGGAAGACCGCGCAGAGAUCUUCCGUGCCAUGCCAGGCAUAUCGUCGAUGCUCCCCAAAGGCGGUGAUGUAGUAUGGGGAAAUGCUACAUGGGCUCCAGAUGAUUUACCUCCACCUAUCCAGAACAAAACGCACGGCACUUUCAUCUCCUUCAAGCCGCGCGGCAAUCUCACCGAUACUAUCCGGCAAAAUCUCACAAUGACACAGGCCUUUGACUAUCUCAUGGACAUUGCGGAGCCGUGGUAUGCCGAGCAAGUCAAGCACUCAUACUCUCAUGGUGUUGCGCACUCUAAAGCCGAAGUCGAACGAAAUGAAAACAACCCUCUCACAUGGAUGAAUCCCCUGGAAGCACGGCUCCCACACGCACCAGACAUGAAGAUCUUCUGCUUUUACGGCAUCGGCAAACCUACCGAGCGCUCAUACUUCUACAAGGAACAUGGCCAGCCACUUAAUGGGUAUAUCAACAUCUCGAUCGAUACCAGCGUCAAUUCUCCCAACGGUCGUCUUCAACAGGUCGGCAGCGUCGACCAUGGAGUCGUAUUUGGUGAAGGCGACGGUACAGUCAACCUGCUGUCCACAGGCUACAUGUGCGCAAAGGGCUGGCGGGAAAUAAAACGCUACAAUCCCGCAAACAUCAAAAUCACAACAUUUGAGAUGCCUCACGAGCCGGAUAGAUUCAGCCCUCGUGGGGGUCCUAAUACUGGCGAUCAUGUCGAUAUACUGGGGAGAAGUAGUUUGAAUGACUUGAUUCUGAGAGUCGCAGGAGGAAAAGGCGAGAACAUUGAGGAGAACUACGAGAGCAGGAUCUGGGAGAUCAGUGAGAAGGUCAAGAUCUAUAACGAGGAAUGAAACCAACGAGGGGAGUGGAACCUGUACAACAAAUGGAGAGGGGAUCUUUUGGUUGCAUAGCGAGGGCGCUGUCGUUUCGGAUUUGAUACCUAUGCCAAAUCGCGCAAUUGUGUAUGUCUUUUAAGUGGCACAGGUGGCAAGAAUCCUUGCAUGGGUCAGAUACCCCAUUGUAUAUAGACCCAUUGUAGAAUGCACAUAGAGUGGUAUUUUUGUCAGAACCAUAAGACGGG